UCUCACUCUAGUCACACGUUCUGGAAAUGUUGUGAGAGUGCUUUCUAAAUAUAACCGCAGAGAGAGAGCGGGAGAGAGAGAGCACCUUUCCAGCCGACUAAGGGUUCUCGCUGAGCUCACAUACACGGGCCUGGCAGGAGAGAGAAGGGUGUGAGGAGAGGAGACCGAGCGCAACUUUGACAAGUCCCAAAAUAAAACUUUUAGAGGGAGUUGAAACUUGCUGCGAACGGGACGACAGUCAAGGCAGCUGCAGCAGAGGAUGGAGGAGGACGCCCCGCCUAAGAAGUCAGUGGCGGAGCUGGCUGGAAAGUUCAAAGCUCAUGCCCCUCCCUUCCCCACGGGAACUGACGGGAGUAAUAAGCCUGUUAGGAGACGCCCCCCUCGAACCCUACAGCUCCCCAAGACCACAGCACAGGGACAGGUGGACGAGGAGAAACCCAUCUCCCCGUCUCUGCAUCCUGCCAAAACCAAAAGGAACUCUGCUCUUAUUGAGAAACUGCAGGCUAACCUGGCUUUAUCCCCCUGUUCCCUCCUGCCCUCUCCUAAGAGCCCUGGGCUGAGACUGUUGCCCCCCCUCACCUCCACCUGCUCCCCCAUCCCUCCUGUUACUACGGUAACCCCCACCUCCCCAGUCAGCAGGGCACCCCUCCCUCGGUCGCUGAGCAAGGAAGAGACACCUGCCACCUUUGAGGUCCCAGCCACACCCACCGACGGAUCCCUACUGCCCAGUAUCAACAAGGGAAGAGCCCGCCUCUCCAUCCGGCGACGCCCACCUUCGAGACGCCACAGGAAGUCCAGCGGAGAGGAAGGAGACGGGGUGACGGGUGAAGAGAUGCCCCUAACUACACCCGACGACCCUGAGGCCAAAGUUGGGGAGGAAGAGAAGGGAGAGGGGGAGGAGGUGUUUGAGAAGGAAGUGGAAGAGAAGGAUGGCGAAAGAGCAGACACCACUAUGUCUACCAAAGCAAAGAUAGAGACAGGCUCCUCUACCCCUGCUAACUCAAAGCAACAGAUUGCCACAACAGACAGAUCAACCACAGUCACUGACCCACUGGAAAAGACAAAGUCCGAAAAAACGCUGGAGCCCCAGAGAGAGGAGAGACAGACAGGAGAGGAGAGACAGGAGGACAGACAGAUAGCAGAGGAGAGACAGACAGGAGAGGAGGCAACAGGGUCUAGAGGAGAAGAGGUGAAAGAUUGUGUUCAGGGGUGUGGAGGAGAAGAAAAGGAGAAGGGGAGGGAGACUUGUUCAGUGGAGGAGUCAUCUACAGAGAGAGAGAAAGAAGAGGGGGAAGAGCUGGCCUGCAAAGAAAAGGAGGGAGAGAGAGAUACAGACUGCAACGGAGAGAAGGAGAACACCAAGCUCUGAUGGUCCGUAACCGCACCAUGCCCCUGCCUUACAGAGUGGGAGACCCCCAUAGUGUGUACUAACUCCCCUCAUCCCAUAGCACAUAGUGUAGUGGAAAAGGCGAGACUAGUAUGGACUGCAGACUAAUGCCACUGGAUGGACUCCCUUUAGUCCUCUGCAUCUGGAAGGUCAUACACUCUGGUUCCAUCCCAAAUGGCACACUAUGCCCAAUAUAGUGCAGUACGUUUGACCAGGUUCAAUAGGCCUCUGGUCUAAAGUAGUGCACUAUAUAGGGAAUAGGGUGUCAUUUGGGACAUACCUAUGCACAUUUUUGGACAUGUUUCUUGUAAAUUCUUAUUUGGUGUCAGCCUGUGACUUUGUUAUCUUUAGGCAGAUUAAUGCAAGGGAUUUGCCUGUACAGCUUUUAAAAAAAUCCUUAUUUGGAUAGCUUUGCUUCCGCACAGAAUGUUUUGGUGCUCCACUUGAUUCUGUGUCGUUAGUAAAGGUUAACACAGGUAACAGGGAUCCCAGGACUGUCCCGGAACCACUUCACAUUUCCCCAAAACAUUUUAUGACAAGACCUGGUCAAUUAUAACGUUUUCCACAAAAUACACAACAUGCAGAUCAGCAAAAACAACCGAUUUCUAGAAAACGUUAGGCUAUUUGAUUUAAACUGGUGUUGAGAACAACGCUGCGGAGGCGGGCGGCAGCUGUGUAGGGCUAGGGCAAAAAACGUGCACCCAGGGGGGGCCCCACCGAGUUUGGGAAUCCCUGGUCUAGAUAAAUCAAUUAGAUAAAUCAAUUAAUGUUCGAUUUUUGUUUGUUGUUUUCACUUGAUCUCUUGUUUUGAUAUUUUGUUACAAUUAGGCUGGGGAAAUGUUAGCUAAGUUGAAGUGAGUGCUAAUGAUCAUCUUUAGUCUAGUUUGCUCACAUAUUAACUGAUCGGAACAUUUCGCUAGCAUUUUAUACAAGUGAAUUUUGCUCUUCAGCCUGUCCUACUCUGAUAAUCAAUCAUGUCCUACUCCUGACCAAAAGCCUGUGACCUUGUCUGAUAAUCAAUUAAUGUGAUUUUGUUUCACUGAA